UAGUUUUAAAUGACUUCAUUGUUUUUCGAAGUAUUUUCCACGAAGCACUUAUUCCACUCGUUUGCUGGCAGAUCCAAAACAGCAUUUUUGAAUGCGUCAACUGCUUCUUCUGGUGACUGGAACCUUUGACCACGCAGUCUGUAUUUAAUUUUCGGGAAAGUAGGAUCGGGACUAUAUGGAGGAUCGUCCAAAAAUUCCACGUUUU